CUCUGGUCGCAGCUCCGCCCCGGAGCGAGGAGCGGCGAUGGCGGGAGGCUGUGGUGCUGGCGGUGGUCUGCCGGCGGAGCUCGACGGGGAGGCAGACGUGUUUUGCGAGGCUCUCCGCUUGCUGCGGAUCGAGCCCUCAGCUGUCAGCCUCGGCGCAGGGCAGGAGGGCGGUGAGGCGCCGUGCUCGCGGAACGUGCUGCGGAAGCGGAGGCGCUGGGAGCGAGUGCUGGCGGCGAGGAGAAGGAAGCGGACGCAGGAGCGGGAGAGGAGCCGGGCCCGGCGGGCCGAGAACCCAGGGACUGCCAUCCGGAAUGGUGGCAGGGCCCUGGCCUCCCUCGCCAAAGAACGGCUUUUGCAGGCCCGGGACUCGGGACCCCGGCUCUGCAUAGACCUCGGCAUGGCUGCACAUAUGACGGAGAAGGAAACCAGCCGCCUGGCCUCCCAGAUCAGAAGACUCUAUGGGGCAAACAGGCGAGCAGAGAAGCCCUUCUGGCUCUACCUGACGGAGUUUGCUGAGGGCUCACUGAUCUACAGGGAGUGUUUGCGCAUGAAUGACGGCUUCUGCAACUACUUGAUGGAUACAACUCAAGAAAGCUACCUGGACCUGUUCCCUUUAGAUGCAGUUGUUUAUCUCACUCCUGACUCAGAGAAUGUCCUCGAAGAUAUUGAUGCAAAUAAAGUAUACAUCCUUGGAGGCCUGGUGGAUGAGAGUAUUCACAAGAAGCUGACCCUGCAAAGGGCGCAGGAGCAGGCCCUGCAAACAGCCCGGCUGCCCAUCCGCGAGUACAUGGUGAAAUCCACCAGCAGCAGGAACUACCACUCGGAGACACUGGCAAUCAACCAAGUCUUUGAUGUUUUAUCCACUUACUACACGACCCGAAGCUGGCCAGCAGCCCUGACGGCGGGAGUUUCUGCUGGAAAAGGCUACGUGCUGCCGGAUGCAGUGAAAUAAGGGGAAGCCAUUGAGCAUGACAGUGCAGCAUUUUGUGAUGCAAGGAGCUGUGAAGGCAGGAGAAGUAAACCAAAGACUCCAGGCAGAGGCAUCAGCAUGACCGUGCAUAAACACCUCUGAGUAAGGACCCUGCUGAGAGUGAUGCGUUCUACCUCAUCAGCUCACCCCUGGAAGUGACUUUUCCCCUUGAACAAAGAACAAAAGCCAGUGGAGGCCAGUGCCAAAGAAAGACUGAUAAUUUGGUUUGGAUUCUCUGCAGAUGCUUGUUCUGACUUGGGCAUCUGCAUUUGGUCAGGGAGGGAAAGGAGAGCUUUAAAAGGUAUUUCUUUCAUCUUGAUUAAACUCAAGUAAGGUGAAGUGAGUAUUGCAAA